UUUUUCGGCUUGAUAUCGGCUACAAUUUGCUUCCGCAUUCAUUUCUUGUUAUACACAGUCGAUAGUGGUUCGUUGUGUCCGCGUGUAUUAAAUAUAACUAUCAAGUGAUUGUUUAAAACUAAAAGUGCAAAAAUGGCUAAAGUCGCAAAUAAUGGAUAUCAACUUAAUGUUAAGCAAGAAGGUGGAGAGCAACCUGGUGAAGAUAAAGACUUUUUACGCAAAAUGUUCAUUGGUGGGCUAGCCGCUGUAACAACGGAAGAUGGUCUACGUGAAUUUUUCAGACAGUGGGGCGAUGUUGUAGAUGUGGUGGUGAUGCGUGAUCCGGCAACAAAACGCUCCCGAGGAUUUGGGUUCAUUACAUAUUCCUCACCAACAAUGGUUGAUAAGGCUCAAGCUGCUAGGCCACACGUUAUAGACGGAAAUUUAGUACACAAAAAUCACACUAUCAAGUACGUUUUGGUUGAUGUUAAGAAAUCGGUUUAUAAGCAGGAAUUAGCUAAAAAAUUAGCACAACAAGGUACUAUGACACCACCCGGUGGUUCUCCUGGUGCUCAAGGUGGUUACCAACAACCUCCAAAUGCUUAUAAUCCACAAGCUUACGGCUAUCCACCUCAAGCAGCUCCUCCAGCAGGUGCGUAUAACGGUUGGCCAGGUUAUGGUCAGCCACCUGCUGCCGGUUAUCAACAAGGUCCCCCCGCUUAUGGUGCCUACGGUGGCCCACAACAAAAUGGUAACGCAGGUUGGAAUGCAGCAUAUCCAAAUCCAGCUGGUUGGGGUCAGAAUGGUUAUGGUGCAGCUUCAGCACCUGCUCCUCCUGUUGCACCUGCUGCUGGUCAAGCACCGCCUGCUAAUGGCUGGAAUGCUAAUGGUGCUUCGCAAAAUUUUGGUGAUUACCAACAAACAUAUAAUGGUGGUCCACAAAAGGCUGGCAAUUUGCAAGCUAACCGCAUGAAUCCAUACAGUGUGUCGUCAGCUCCCAAUUAUGGCUCAACUUCGGCGGGUUAUGCAAAUAUGUAUGGUUCGCCCAAUAAUUUGAAUAUGUCAAAGACGCAAUCAACGCAUGACAAAAGUGCAUAUGGUGGGGGUGUAAAAAAGGCCACUCGACAAUACUAAAUUAUGUAUAUGACGUAAGCAGCAAGCAAGCAUAUCUUUAACAUUGAUAUAUAUUAAUGACAUAUGCAGGUUUUUCUGGCAACAGGCAGGUAUUUAAGAUGUUUUCUUUCAUGUAUAAGCAAAUAAUUAAUAAUAUAUGCAAUUAGUAUACAUACCUUAAAUAAGAAAUCCCGAUAUAUGCUGCACUCUUAGAACGAUUAACAGUCUAUUAUGUACUGUUGAUAUAUAUAAAAUAAAACAGUUUUAAAUACGGAAACCAACUAUCCAGGAAUAUUGAAUUUUUAGUUAUAAAC